AUGGGGGUUAAAAACGAUAGGGUGAAAUUCAAUGUCGGAGGCAGAGUAUUUGAAACGACUUCAACAACACUUGCAAAUGCUGGGAGAAAUUCCAUGUUGGGUGCAAUGUUAGAUGAGAAUUGGAAUCUGUUAGACAAUGGAAGUGAGAGAUUCAUCGAUCGUAACGCAGAUUGCUUCUCUGUUAUCUUGGAUCUGUUACGAACAGGUGAACUUUACAUCCCAAAUAACAUUCCUGAGAAGCUUUUAUACAGAGAGGCUCUGUUUUAUGGUGUUCUAGACCAUGUUCGUUCUGCAAAAUGGGGUCAGUUUGAUGGUAACAGGUUAAGGUUGUCCAGGUCUGUUCAAGGACAAGCACCCGGUGAUGGAACAGCAAUUCGAGGUGGUCCAGAUGGUGGUUGUUGUGUUGCUCAUGGUUGCAUGGUUCAUGUUUAUGAUUGGAUGUUAGAUCAACACAAUCCUGUUAACCUUGAUUACCAAAGAGUCAACGACGUUGGUUGGGUUGACCCUAACAACAUAGUUAUAGGUGUGAGUGAAAGACUUGGUCGUGGUGAUGGUGGAAUGGGUUUGUUUAGUUCACAUAAUGGUGAACUUAGGUACAAGUUUCAUGUUAGUCAUGAAAAUCAUGUUAAAAGUUACACUGCUGGUGCUUUGAGUUUUAGUUCUGAUUACAAGAUUUUUUCUAGUUGUAAAGGUAGAAGUAAUGAAUAUGGUGUUGGUGUUUGGGACCAAGUUACUGGUAAACAAGUUGAUUUUUUUUAUGAGCCUUUAGGUUGGUCGCUUGGCGAUGCUGAUAAACUUCAAUGGUUAGAAGGUAGUAACUGUUUGUUAGUUGCUACAAUGUUUCCUAGAAAAGAUAACUGUUACAUUAGUCUUUUGGAUUUCAGAGCGAAGAAAAUGGUUUGGUGUUGGUCUGAUAUAGGUGCGACAUUGGUUGUGGAUGAGAAAAGGGUGAGAGAUGCUAUAGCAAUGGAGGGUAAUAGAUCAAUUUGUGUGGUGAAUGAGUUUGAGGAAUUAGGUUUCAUGGAUUUGAGAAGCUCUGCUGCUGCAAGUGUAAGAUGGAGUUCGAGAAGUAGGUUGAUGAAAGGGAAGAUGCCUGAAGAACCAUGUUACCCUAAAUUGGCAUUGCAUGGUGGCCAACUUUUCUCUUCCAUGAAUGAUUGUAUUUCAGUGUUUUGUGGACCUGAAUGGGUUUUAACGUCGAGACUUCGACGAAGCUAUGGUGGGUCAAUCUGUGAUUUUUCAAUUGGUGGUGAUAGGCUUUUUGCACUUCAUAGUGAAGAGAAUGUUUUUGAUAUUUGGGAGACUCCAACACCACCAAUUCUAUGA